CUCGAGCUCGCUGUGUUACACAACAAGUUCCAGCUGCAGGGGCAAUGGUGAUAGCAACGGUGAAGGUCCCGUGUGUCUCCUUCAGGUCCCAACUGAAGAAGAGAUGUUUACUCUAUCCACAACGCUCGUUCUCGGCCUUAAAAUCCGCUACCCGAACGGCUACUCCCCCUUCAACGUCCAAGGCUUCCACCACGAGUGGGCAAGCGUCUGCCACAACGUCGUCCAAUGCAUCAAGAAAAUCUUCAAUUAAGAAUGAGAAGAAAGCAAAAAAGGCACUCACUGCUACAGACAGCACGGAGGCGCAGCUCAAACAAAUAGAGAGCAUGAUGAACAUGGCAAACACGUCGAACCUGUUUCCAACCAUGGAUAUGUGGGGUACUAAGUUAGUGACUCUCGACGUAGAAAUACCACGCGACGCUUCACUGCGUAUGCUUUUUACAAACCCAGGCGCGUUUUGGCAUGCAAAACAGCACAAUUUCUCCAAUUGGUUGAAGAACACGUUCAGCAUGUAUACCAUCGCCAAAGCUCGAGCUUUUACGGGAGUAAAUCAUGAUUUUCGAUUUAGUCACUUAUUCCUACCACGCACAUGGCGUCAACUGGGCAACGUAACCUCACAUUCUUCAGCGUCCUGGUUAGCACCAAUACGACGCAUUGCAAUGGAUAACUAUCUGGCUAUAGGCCGUGCCAUAGCUGACAAGGAUGAAGCCACACUGAAGGCGCUGACAACAGCCGACCAUGCCACCAAGGUGAACAAGAUUGUCCGUACUCGUAAACCUGGCGAGGUUUGGCAAUGGAAGGUUCUAAGCGAUGUUUCAGACAAAGCCCUAUUCCAAGAGAAAAGCUUAUUCCGUCCACUUGCAAUAUCACCAGGAGCUACCAUCGUAUCCAUCCGUUCCGGUGAGGUUUAUGUUGCGAAGGAACCCCCGAAACGCGGCAACCGGCUGGUGAUACAUGCACUAGUCAAGUUCGAGACUACGCAGGAACUCAAGGUGUUUACCAAGCAGGGCCAGCCAGUUGAUGCUAAAUCUGCAGAACCUCAUACUGUCGUGGAAUAUUUAGUGCUCGAGAAAGUGGGUUGGUAUGACAAUACGUGGCAGGUGCGGGACCAGAUCUACAAGUAAACGGGUGCUGGAUGACGGAUAUAAUGGGAGUUUGUGAUUAGAUCUCUGUCAGAUUUCAUUUGCGGAUUUGCGAGAUAACUAUGUAGCGGUCGUGCGACGGGCUACGAAAAGUGCGAGUCAUUUUCAAUAAGGAGAAAAUAAUUGUAAGAACCAUAUAGACCCCAAAUAUUUACAGUCGUGGAUGUAUUGGAUACGGUGAUAAUCCUAGGCGCUCAGCACUCGGUCCGGUUUGAUGGUGUCACGUGAAUAUUAACGCGAGAGUUGACGUUGACGUUAGGCGCCUGGCGAACAUGUAACCCAUUGAAGAACUUA